GUUGACAUCAUGGACAUAUGUGAGUCAAUCCUGGAGAGGAAGCGGCAUGACAGUGAGAGGUCUACAUGCAGCAUCUUGGAGCAGAACGACAUGGAAGCUGUCGAAGCUCUUGUUUGCAUGAGCUCCUGGGGUCAGAGAGCCCAGAAAGGGGACCUUUUAAAGAUAAGACCCCUCACACCUGUCUCUGACUCUGGGGAUGUCACCACCACUGUGCACAUAGACGCAGCUGCACCUGAGCUACCAAAAGACUUCCAUUCCUUAUCAACUUUGUGCAUGACUCCUCCUCAGAGUCCUGACCUCGUGGAGCCAUCGACAGGAACACUUGUUCCUUCCCAAGUAACUGAUUCCAAAGCACCCGUGGUCGUGGCCAUCCCCCCAGCCUCUACUGGGGCAGCCAGAGUGCUGAGCAGGAGGGCAGAGAGGGGCCUGCCUGGUAUGAAGCCAGAGCUGCUGGAGCCAGCUGCCAGCUCUCACUGCAGGGCCAUGGUGACAAGUGUCAUUUGCCACACUGGGGGGAGUCCUUCUCCUGCCCACGUUCCUACCACCCAGACUCAAGAAUACCAACUUUCAGCCAACAGAGAAGUAGAAGCACAGAUUCCAAGAUGUACUGAAGCUUUGCAGGACACACACCUCACAGACAGUUUGCUCAAAGUUAACUCAGUGUCUUGUCAGCCUUGCUCAUACAAGUCUGGUGGCCUGAUCCCUGCUGAUAAAGGCCAGCAGGAGGUAGGGUGGCCUGUUGCAAUUCAGUCCUGCUCACCAAAGAAUUAUGAAAAUGACUUGCCAAGGAAAGCCACCCCUCUGAUUUCUGUCCCCAUUCCUAGUCCCCCUGUCCUUUGCCAAAUGAUCCCUGUGACUGGACAAAGUGGCAUGUUACCAGCUUUUUUGAAGCCACCCCCCCAAGUGUCUGCAGGGACUGUCAAACCCAUCUUACCCCACGCUGCUCCAGUGCCCCAGCCUGUGUUUGUGGGACCAUCUGUGCCUCAGGGAACUGUGAUGCUGGUUCUGCCCCAGGGGGCCCUCCCCCAGCCUGCCACGUGUUCAUCGAGUGUAAUGGCUGUUGGAAAUACCAAGUUCUUGCCCCUUGCCCCUGCUCCAGUGUUCAUUGCAUCCAGUCAAAACUGUGCCCCUCAGGUAGACUUUUCCCGAAGGAGGAACUAUGUUUGCAACUUCCCAGGCUGCCGGAAGACCUACUUCAAAAGUUCCCACCUCAAGGCUCAUCUCCGCACUCACACAGGAGAGAAGCCUUUCAGCUGUAGCUGGGAUGGCUGUGAUAAAAAAUUUGCUCGCUCAGAUGAACUCUCUCGCCACCGCAGAACUCACACUGGGGAGAAGAAGUUUGUGUGCCCAGUGUGUGAUCGGCGUUUCAUGCGCAGCGACCACCUGACAAAGCAUGCCCGGCGCCACAUGACAACCAAGAAGAUCCCUGGCUGGCAGGCGGAGGUCGGCAAACUCAACAGAAUUGCUUCAGCGGAGAAGCCUGGGAGCCCGCUGGUGCGCAUGCCAGCGUCUGCGUGACGGGUCUGCCAGGGAAUUGCGGAUGGAAAUUUGUAAAAGCCUGCUUUCAGGAAUGGAACUGAUGAUUUUCUCUCCAAAAUAAAAAGUCUUGAGGGCUAGGGGAAGGUAGAGAGCUGGUUCUGAUGAAGGCAUGUUGACUUGUUUUCUUGGUUGGGACCCUGUUCAGUAUCUUUUGCAGUUUCAGAAGUUCUUUUAAGGAAAUGGAAGGAAAGUUGAUAAGCUAAGUCACCAGCAUUCAAACAAACAUUUCGGCAAUAAAUCUUACAAAAUCGGGAUUUUUACAACCUUUCUAUUCAUGUUUUGUAGAAACGUGACAGGGUACUAAUUUUUAUACUGUUUUUUAUAAAAAAUUUUUAUUGGUGCUCAAAUCACUAAUUUCUAGAUAGAUGAUUUUACAGUCUUUUCAGUAUUUAACAUUUUAAUUAUACCCUUACUUUUAGUACAAAAGUUGGAAUAUUAUUUAGCCAAAAAAAUUUACAACUUUGUAAUUAGGCCUUUUAGAUCUAAGAAUUUUCUAGAAUCAGAACUGGUUGAGCAGGGGCCUCUUAAAUAAAUGGGAGAGGAAAAAAAAUUUUAUAGUCAGCUUCUUCAUAACAUUUUCAAGAGAAAUACCAAGCAACCGUUCCUUUAAGGCUGUAGCCCAAGGAAUUAAAAUUUUGGUUAAGUAGAACUUAGUCACCCGUGUCUGUGGUGUGACUUGUGAGGAAUGUACUCCAGAGGAUAACUUAAAAUACUCAAUAGAUACCCGGUGAGCAGAGAGCUGCCGUAGGAUCUGAGUGUCUGUUCUGCCGCGAGCACACCGUUCACAGUCUCAUUUGUACCUCAAACACCAAAAAAGGUGAUGUACGCACUCAAACUCAGCUGCUUUGUUUGUUGUCAGUUUGACUUCUUUUGCUGUGGCCUUAUCCAAGUAUUUUGUGGGUAAAGUAACUUCCUAGAGAAAAAGGAAAUGUCCUUAGUAUUUGGAGGAACUUCCCACCAAAGUACAGCUUAUCUGAGGUGGGGGCACGUGCAGAUGGUGCAGCUCCAGUGUUCUGAUUUCUUUAUUAAGUAUUAAGAACUAUGGGAAAUGCAAGCUACACUAAAUGGCAGUAAUACUGCCCAGCUGUCCUUUCAUUCAUUUUAUUUGAAGGAAAUUGUUUUGAUCAAAUGGAGAAUUACUUGGGAGUGGGGUGUUCUGCAGUCUGCCUAGAAAGCAGACCAUGGGCGUCACUGUGAAGCUGUGUGAGCACAGGUCUGAGCAUUACAGAGACUGCGCCCCGGGUCCGGGAGGCCACGAGCUUGCUUUUGUUGGGCAGUGUUGGGAAUCCAGCAACAGAACACAUGUAAGGAAUGUGGGGAUGUUGCUCUGCUCUUGGAGCCUGCAAAUGGUUUUUGUUGUGCCAUAUGUAUUUAGAUUCUGUCUUUGGCUCUUAGUUAUUGGCAUUUACCUUUAUUAAAACGAUGGUAAGGUGAAAUACUGAAUAAAUAUAAUUAGGUUUUGUGUUCAGGCCUUCCUUUAGUCUGAGAACGCUCUCCUGGUCGUUCACUGUAUGUUACUUGACACCCUUUAAAUUACCCUCUAGUAUCAGCCGCUAAGUGACAGGUCUGUAGGUGAGGGCUGUGUGUUUAGGAGGCUUCCAUGUCUUUGGACACUUCUGUAGUUGAGUAUUCCUCCUGGUCAUGAGACAUACUACAGUUACAAAAGAACUGUAAUUAAAUGUACAUAGUUUGUGUUUCCCCACCACCCAGUCCUUCCUCCCACUACUCGUAUCUUAAAUCAGCAUAAACAUUUCUGUGUGUAUGCUGUAAAUGGCAUUAAAUGGGAUAUUUCUCUUAGUUAUACAAAAUAACGUUAAUCCUACUAAUGUUCUGGUGGAUAAUACAACGUCUUUGAGUAUUUGGUUGCUUGUCACGUUGAACUUCAUUCUCUGAGCAAUGUAGUUAGUUUCCAAACAAUAGAUGUGUUUUUAAAAAAAGUUUUGAUUUAUACUUCCAUUUCCUGAUGAGAUUUCGAAGUACCUUCUGUAAACAACAGUUUUUGGCCCUCUGUUUGUCGAUUGAAAAACUGUAAGUUGGGAAACAGCUUCAUCUGAAAAAUGCAGUUGGAGAACCAGCGCCUGUGGUGUGUGUUCAGUGUAGAGUCCCUCCGCUGCGGCCCGGCUGUCAGAGGAGGGCACUUCCCCAGUGCACUUUACUGCCUGAGCAAUUUUGCUUGAUCUCUUUUGACUUUGAGCCUUCUAAGUAGUUUCAGUAAUAAAAUUUUAAGUGUUUCAGAAUUAUGUUUUAUGUAACAGACUUUGACUUAUUUAAAUGAAUAUGUGCGAUGUAACUUUUUUCUUUGAAUCAUAUAAAAACAUUUUUGAUUUGCAAAC